UCCCUUCCCGGCCUCUCGCGUAUGUUUCUUUACAGCCCUGUUCUGACCUCACUGACUGCAAAGGGAGUGAUAUUUCAGCUGCGCUGUUUGAUUGGACAGGGUGAACACUACCCAUAUAGGUUCCUCCGCUGGCCGACAUGCCUUUGGUGUUUUCACUUUCAGGCUUUUCUAGGUUUUCUCCAUGCAGGUUUCGAAAGCAACCAGGAAGUGACAACAAUCAAGCUUUCUCUCCCUCAGUGAGCUGGAAUUUUCUGCCCAGAGAUUCCCAAGACUGCAGCUGAGCUCUGAACUUUGAUUUUGACACAGAGAUGCUGUAAAGAUCUUGUGUACCGAGCUUUUACAAGGGCACAUGUAUUGCUAGUGUGGUUUUAAACAGGGAGAGUAAGGACGGAAGAAAUGCUUAGGUUGGAGAUUAGGGAGCUAGAAAAGGAGCGAGUGUAAAUUUUCUUGGGAGUGUACAGCCAUGGCAUGUAGCAAGAAAUAAAUGAGAUAUUUUGGGAAUGUGAGAGAUGAAAAUAGAUGUUAAACAGUAAUGCUAUGAAUGUUCAUUGCAUUGCAUUUAUAUCCUGCCUUUUUUCCUCUUCUGAGGAAUGCAGGGCAGCUUACAUAGUUGCAUUUUACCCUCACAGCAAGAACCCUGUGAGGUAGGCUAGGGCUGAGAGGCUGUGCCUGGCCCAGAGAGCUUUAUGGCUGAGUGGGGACUCCCAGCUUCCCAGUCCAACACUCCAACCACCCUACUGGCUCUGAUAGGUGAUACAGCUGAUAAUGCGAUUGGCAUGGAAACUGCAAAGAAAAAGCAGACUAUUAGAGUUACUAAAAUUAAAGAAUGAGAUAAUAAUUUCCAUGGUGACAGAAGAGAUCUUAUGAAAGUUUAUGGAAAUCUGGAUUUUUCUGAUAACCUAUUUGUGAGAGUAGUUUUAGAUUCUUGCAGUACAAUCCUGUGCACAGUGGUCUGGAAAUAAGUCCCUUUUAGUUCUGUGGCACUUUUGCCCAAGUAAGGGAGGAUAGGAUCACAACCUUCAUAAGCUGAAUAUUUCCCAAAUCUCUUCUGGUCAUGAAAACAAUUAGGCAUAUAUAAAGCUCAAGCAGUGACACAGUUACCUUCAUAUUCAAUAUGGGAGUUAUUUAGGAGCAGACCGAACACAGAUAGAGAACAAAUGAAUAUUAGACUUUCUUUAAUUAGAUCUGAUUAGACUUAAAAGUCUCAGACAAAGUUUUUUUUAAUUUUUUAGUCUUAUAGUCUCUCUGUAAUUACAGUUCUAUAUAAAGCUAAGCAUUAUAUGGUAUGCUGCUUUGAAAACCUCAAAUUUGUGGAUUAGAAAGGAUGGAGGAUGAGGCGGUGUUGGAUAGAGGGGCAUCCUUCCUGAAGCAUGUGUGUGAUGAUGAAGAGGUAGAAGGUCAUCAUACAGUCUACAUUGGGGUUCAUGUGCCUAAGAGUUACCGGAGAAGGAGACGUCACAGAAGAAGGCCCAAGGAAAAGAGAGAAAGGGAGAAAAUUUCUGAAAACUCGGACAAAUCUGACAUCGAAAAUGCCGACGAGACGAGCAGUAGCAUUCUUAAGCCGCUCAUCUCCCCCGCCGCCGAACGCAUCCGCUUCAUUUUGGGUGAGGACGAUGACAGCCCCGCGCCGCCCCAGCUUUUCACGGAGCUGGACGAACUCCUGGCUGUGGAUGGGCAAGAGAUGGAAUGGAAGGAGACGGCAAGGUGGAUAAAGUUCGAAGAAAAAGUGGAGCAGGGAGGAGAGCGAUGGAGCAAACCUCACGUCGCCACAUUAUCCCUUCACAGCCUGUUUGAGCUGAGGACGUGCAUAGAGAAAGGGUCUAUCAUGUUGGAUAUGGAGGCCUCAUCACUCCCUCAGGUUGUCGAGAUGGUCGUUGACAAUCAGAUUGAGACAGGACUACUGAAGCAAGACAUGAAGGACAAGGUCACCUACACGCUGCUCAGGAAGCAUCGGCACCAGACCAAAAAGUCCAACCUGCGCUCCUUGGCUGACAUUGGGAAGACUGUCUCCACUGCAAGUAGGAUGUUUACCAACCCCGAUAAUGCCCGCAGCCCGCUUGAGAGUUCAGUGCCCUGCCUAGCGACCCGCACAUCGGAUGACGAAAUCCGCGUGCAGCGCAGCCCCAGCGUGGGAUGGCUAAGUAGCCCAGCCAUGACACAUAGAAACUUGACUUCCUCCAGUUUGAAUGACAUCUCUGACAAACCUGACAAAGAACAGCUGAAGAACAAGUUCAUGAAGAAGUUACCGCGAGAUGCCGAGGCCUCCAACGUGCUGGUUGGAGAAGUAGACUUCUUGGAAGCUCCUUUCAUUGCCUUCGUUCGGCUGCAGCAAGCAGUUAUGCUCGGUGCUCUAACAGAAGUCCCUGUACCUACACGGUUUCUCUUCAUUUUGCUGGGUCCCAAAGGCAAAGCUAAAUCGUACCACGAGAUUGGUCGCGCCAUUGCCACGUUGAUGUCCGAUGAGGUAUUCCACGACAUCGCCUACAAAGCCAAAGACAGGCAGGAUCUGAUCGCUGGCAUUGAUGAGUUCUUGGAUGAAGUCAUUGUGCUUCCCCCGGGAGAGUGGGACCCUGCCAUCAGGAUAGAACCCCCCAAAUCCCUCCCUUCUUCUGACAAAAGGAAAAACAUGUAUUCAGGUACAGAGAAUGUGCAAAUGAAUGGAGACACCCCCCAUGAAGGAGGAAAUGGAGGAGGAGGUCAUGGGGACUGUGAGGAGUUGCAACGGACUGGGAAAUUUUGCGGCGGUUUAAUCAAAGACAUCAAGAGGAAAGCUCCAUUCUUUCCCAGUGAUUUCUAUGACGCAUUCAACAUCCAAGCCUUGUCCGCCAUUCUCUUUAUUUAUCUGGCUACUGUAACAAAUGCCAUUACUUUCGGAGGCCUACUGGGAGAUGCAACUGACAACAUGCAGGGCGUGUUGGAAAGCUUCCUGGGCACAGCAGUGGCAGGAGCUCUCUUUUGCCUUUUCGCUGGCCAGCCACUCACUAUUUUGAGCAGCACUGGACCUGUCUUGGUGUUUGAGCGACUUUUAUUUAACUUCAGCAAAGAUAACGGGUUUGAUUACCUGGAGUUCCGCCUUUGGAUUGGCUUGUGGUCAGCCUUCCUGUGUCUCGUUCUGGUUGCAACGGACGCCAGCUUCCUGGUCCAGUACUUCACCCGCUUCACGGAAGAAGGGUUCUCGUCCCUCAUCAGCUUCAUCUUCAUUUAUGAUGCAUUCAAGAAGAUGAUCAAGUUAGCAGACUAUUAUCCCAUCAAUUCUAAUUUCAAAGUGGACUACAUCACACUGUAUUCCUGUACCUGCAUGCCGCCAGAUCCAGUUAAUGGUUCGUUAUCCAAUGAUACAUCCGUGGGAUCAGUCGACUGGUCUUCAAGUAACUCUGCUGAGAUGCACAACGGCACAAUAGACUGGCCAUCUCUGACCAAGAAGGAGUGCUUGAAAUAUGGAGGGAACCUCCUGGGCAACAAUUGCAAAUACGUUCCUGACAUCACCCUUAUGUCUUGUAUCCUCUUUCUGGGCACCUACACCUGCUCCAUGGCCUUGAAGAAAUUCAAGACCAGCCGUUACUUCCCAACCACUGCAAGGAAGCUGAUCAGUGACUUUGCCAUCAUCCUCUCCAUCCUGAUUUUCUGCGGAAUUGAUGCCCUGGUGGGUGUGGACACGCCGAAACUCAUUGUGCCAAGUGAAUUCAAGCCAACGAGCCCUCACAGAGGCUGGUUCAUCCCACCUUUUGGAGGGAACCCCUGGUGGGUCUACAUGGCAGCUGCCAUCCCCGCCCUGCUGGUGACGAUUCUCAUCUUCAUGGACCAGCAAAUCACAGCCGUCAUUGUUAACCGGAAGGAGCACAAACUCAAGAAAGGUGCUGGCUACCACUUGGACCUUUUCUGGGUGGCUGUCUUGAUGAUCAUUUGUUCCUUCAUGGGCUUACCCUGGUACGUUGCGGCUACUGUGAUCUCCAUCGCCCACAUCGACAGCUUAAAGAUGGAGACGGAGACCUCAGCCCCAGGCGAGCAACCCAAGUUCCUGGGAGUCAGAGAACAGAGAGUGACUGGAGUGAUUGUGUUCAUCUUGACAGGCAUUUCGGUCUUCAUGGCUCCCAUCUUGAAGUUUAUUCCAAUGCCUGUGCUCUAUGGAGUGUUUCUCUACAUGGGCGUUGCUUCCCUUAAUGGAGUACAGUUCAUGGACCGCCUGAAGCUGCUCUUGAUGCCUCUGAAGCACCAGCCGGAUUUCAUCUACCUGCGGCACGUCCCCCUCCGCCGGGUGCACCUCUUCACUUUCCUCCAGGUGGUGUGCCUGGCUCUCCUUUGGAUCUUGAAGUCCACGGUGGCUGCCAUCAUAUUCCCAGUCAUGAUCCUGGCGCUCGUCGCAGUCAGAAAGGCCAUGGACUACCUCUUCUCACAGCACGACCUCAGCUUCCUUGAUGACAUCAUUCCAGAAAAGGACAAGAAGAAGAAGGAGGACGAGAAGAAAAAGAAGAAGAAGAAAGGCAGCCUGGAUAGUGACAACGAGGAUUCCGACUGCCCCUACUCAGAAAAAGUCCCAAGUAUUAAAAUUCCAAUGGACAUCAUGGAACACGAACCUUUCCUAAGUGAUAGCAAACCUUCCGACAGAGAAAAAUCACCAACAUUCCUUGAACGCCAUACAUCAUGCUGAUAAAAUUCCUUACCUCCACUCCCACGCAAUGCCAAGCCCUCCACGAACUCCAAUGAAAGUCGUGCCUCAAAUUAGAAUAGAGCUUGAUCCUGAAGAGAGUGGUUAUUUUUGGAGGAGUAAGGGAACAGAAACUACUUUGUAACUUGUUUGUUAAUCGUCUACCAAACUGGGUUUUUUCUUUUCAUCUUUCUUCUUUAAGACUAGCCAAAUAUUCAACUGCUCUCUGCCUAGAUAAAGCAAGAUGUAUUCUUGUUCCUCUUCUUUUAGGCUUUACUCCGGUUCCCCCCACCCUUCUCAGCUCCGCUUGUACAUUUUCUUGCUCAGUCCGUUUUGAUUCUUUCCUUCUGACCAAGACACUUCUUUUCGGUUUUGCCUUCUCAGUCAUGUGCAUACACACCUCCUCUUGAGUUUUUCAGCAGUGAGGGGAGUAUUAAGGAUAUAUUAUCAUGGUUUUGUGAACUGUCCGCAAAACUGUUAUUUUUUUUUAGUUGUGAAUCAGUGUUUUUUGUUUUGGGAUAUUGUUUUGUUUUGUUUUUUAAAUCUCUCUCUAGCAGAACAAAACUGACCUCCAGGCGAGUUCCCCCAUAGUUCUCACGCCUGCAAAAAGCUGCUAAUCUUAACACACUCUUGACAUCGCCUCUGCUUCUGUAAUAUCCAGCAACAGAAACAAAAAUGGUACAGCCCUGCACAGAAAGAUUUUUUUGGAUAUAACUGUACUGAAUGUGCAGAAUCAACCCUUUUCCUAUGCAACUUUUAUUCUGUAACACGUUAAAUGGAUUCUUAACCUGUCGGAUGCAUUGACAAGUGUUAUUUUUUUUCCUAGAGUAUUUCUUGGUUUUAAUUAUGGGGGCCUAACCUGCAACUUGCGUUUUUUUUGUCAAUUUUUUAACCAUUUUUUAAAAAAUUACUGUAAAGAAAAUGAAUUUGUUUUUCCUGCAGCAGGAAAUGUCAUAGUUUUUGAGUAGUUCUACCUCUUAUUUCUAGAUGUUGGACUUUCUCUUUAAAAAGGAAAAGAUAAAAAAUAAGAAAAAAGGUUUAAUAAUAAUAAUAAUAAUUGUAUAGUAUGUUAUAUAAUGUGAUUUUUACAAAAAGAACAAAAAACAGAAAAAUACAUAAUCUCAAGGGUAUAGGGCAUAGAACUGAAAUCAGCUGUAAUAACACUUUCCAUGGGAAAUGCCUACUGUUCAUUCUUCCUUCCUUCCUUUCUUCCUUCAGUUUGCAUUUUAUUUUUAACAAUCAGACUACACAAUGAAGGAGUCAAGACCUGUGCUUUAGCUGUCACAUAAUUUGGUGGAAUCUAUUUAAAUUAAACACGACUGGUACAAUCCACCAAUCAUGCUGCUGUUCCGCCUCCAUUCAUCUCACCGAUAUUUCUGCAGAGCUCCUGCUCAUACCCAUUGAUAUGAACAGGGAAUCCGUAGCGGUAACUCCAUGUGAAUCACCUUCAAAUAGGAAUGAGCAAACACAGACACUAGUCAUAUGUCGAUUUUUCUGUCCAGUACUGUUAGUGUUAUUUCAGUUAUAUGAACUUGAUGCUCCCUGUCUGUCAUCAAGUGUGUUCAUGCAUGCAUGCAUGUGUGCACGUGUGUGUGUGUGCGUGUGUGUAUCGUCACACCUGCAGAUUUAAUAUAGGAUGGACUGAAACGGUGGGACAAGAGGUGGUUUUAAAGCCUUAAUUCUCAGUCUGCACAGCCUAGCUGGCCUAGCAAAUCCUUACGCAGAGUCGAAGUAGUUUUUGCGUCCACAUGGCCUGGAUUCAUAUCACAUCACUUCUGUUGGGGUCUCAGACUUCUUUUCAUGCCAUCUCGACACCAUAAAGACCCUCCAUUCAUCGUCAUCUGGGCUAUUCGGCAUGUGGAUAGCGUGUAAAUGGGUUAGUCCCCCACAACAGCGUGUGUAGAGAUGUACUGUAUUGAUAAGGAAUUUUAUAAACUAGCCAUUUCUCCGAUGUGCAUUCUCGUUGCAGGGAGGGGAGGUUUUGUUUGAAGGAGAAUUAAAGUUCGACACUUGGGGCUGGGACAGAUCCUACUGGAAUCUGCCCCUCUAGCAUCUGUGGACUUCCCCUGCUGCUGGCAAAUGCUUGCAGAGACCCAGUUGCGCAGCCGUCAGCUUUUUCUGUUGCAGCGGCUGGACACAGAAUCAGGGUCCUGCUAGCACUUGCCGCUCCUGGCAGCUCCAACAACUAGCCUUCCAGAGGAAGGCUGAUUGCAAGGUGUGUGAGGCUCAAUUCCUGGACGCUGCACCACAAAUUCUGGGCACGCUCACCAGGAACUUCAGUUUAGGGCCUCUGCAAAGCGCACCAGAGUGCAGGGAGUGGGGUCCAGGGGAUCUGACAGAUUCCCACCCCCCCUUCGUACUCCUCGUGCAUCAUCAGCGACUUGCCACAUGCAAUCUGUAGUCUGGGGAGAGCUGCCUUGCACAAUUCUGCUGCACAGAGAAUUUGACACCAGAUUGAACAGUGUUUGUAGGUACUGCCUAGUGGGCUAGAAGUAGGUUGGUGCUGAAGCGAUAGACAGCUCUAUCGACAGAUGUUUGCUGUUAAAUUCGGCAUUGGAAAUGCGCUCGUUUGUUCUCCGAAAGCUCUUUAGACACACGGUUGCAGGAAGGUGCAAAGGACAUUAGUGUCUGUCCAAAGGUCCUCUUAAGAAAGCACCUGGCUUUUUCCCAACCACUUCCCCAAAUUUAGUAGGCGGUUCAGAUAAUGUGGGGCGUGCUACAUGCACUUCCAAACUUGGACCAGCUGGGUUGACGGUGCGUCGUUUUGCAGCAACAUUUGCAAACAAGGUUAGCUUUACCCAGCAGUGAAACGCCUCCCUCUCGGAUCUUGCCACGCUGGCGACUCAGGGGAGAGCUCCACCGUUGCAUCAGUCAGCAAGGCACACCUUGCAGCCCCCAGUCCGCUUGCAGCUCAGGCAGGGCAGAAGCAGGAUACUGCCCCAGCAAGCUUGUGCAGUGUGGGCAGAAGGGCAUUCCUCUCCCGGUUUUAGAAACAUAGAAACAGAGCGAGUCAGAAGGGGUCUCCCGGGCCAUCUAGUCUGACCCCCGGCUCCAGCCGGCUCACGACAUGCCCACCAGGUGCAUGUUUUAUUUGAAUGCACCUCUGUCUUCCCACCAAAAGCAAAAGUGAAGAGCGCAGAAGGCGGCAGGAAAUGUUGGCACCGGCAGCGAUACUUCUGAGAUGCAGGCAAGUAGCAUCUCCAUGCUCACACGUGUGUGUACGCACACAUAUACCUCCCCUUCUGUCAGUUCUUGGUGGUCAGUCUCUCCCAACAAGGCUGCCUCACUCCUGAACCCUCCGCUGUGGCUAACUGAUGACUUUGCACCUGGAUGGCUCGUGGUGUAGAGGCCCAGCAUUGUUUGUGGGGCGUGGAGAAAGAUUUCUCUCUCCAUCAUUUAUCCCACUUAAGUCUGAGGGCGGGUGCAGAGAAGAGAUGUUGCAUUUCAUGAGUUCCUGGCAUUAGCAGCACUUGGCUGUGUGGUUUAUUUAUUUAUUUAAAAAGAAAGAUUUUCUAGCACUAAAGGUAUGCUUAAUCUACAGAUGAUUCUUUUUAUACCAGCUUAAUUGUCACCGCUUCACUUCACAAAGGAUCUUGGGACUUGCUGUUUGGUGAGGUGCAGAGAAUUCUGUGUUCGGGGUUCCAUGUCCCUUCCCUUGCCCUGUUCUUACCCACCCUACCCCGGAUUGCAGAAUUCUCUGGAAUGACAGAAUGACCAUAGAGCUGUAAUGUAGAGUAGUAUAGCAGUGUAGAUAUUUGCAUUGUAGGAAAGGAGCACUUUCUGUGUGGCUUAUGGAAAGGGGCUUGUUGAGGUCAUUUGGCUCAGAACAGUAGUUACCACGUUUCUCUUUUUAAGACCAUGGGGGACCUGGCAGAAUAAUGUUUUAUGCAAGAACCGGAUGUGAAAGUAUAGAGACAGGUGUUGAAGUAUAAUCUUCUGAACUGGAAGAUUCCAUGUGAUCUACAGGCCCCUGCACUGAAAAUUGCUGCUCCUUCCCACCCUCCUUAAAGAUCAGUGCCAGAGUCAAGUUUGAGGAGUAGCGGCAUUGGAUAUAACCUGUAACAGCUCCCUUUGUAGGGAGUAAAAGUUCGAAAUAGGCUUAAAGCCUCUAUUUAUUGGGGGAUACAAUUCAGAGCCAGCGGACUGGCUUUGCCAUCUGGGGUGGGAUGCAGACUCCACCCCCUGCCCCCCAAGAGCUGCAGUGCACUUUUCCAGACAUCAAUUUCAGGUACUUCCUGUAUAUUUAUCAAAGCCUUUCCUUCCCCCCAGCUCACCCCGUUGGAGUAUGUGUCUGUUCGCACGUGCAGAAUGCAUUGCCUGCACUCUUUGGACUGUGGCCGAAGGGCCCCAAUUCCUCUGCGUGGGUCUUACUAAACCUGCAUGCAGCCUCACUGAUUUCUCAGCUGGUGCUCAUGUACCAGUAUCGUGGGGAUACCAGGUGGCCAGGUUUGGGGUAGCAUUACGCUGAAAAGAAAGGCGACCCCUGUUGGUGCUUCUGGUAUAAAGCUGAAUGUUCGGGUUACUCUCAUUGCCAGGGCAAAAGCAUUUCAGACGUGCAUCCCAGCACUGGCAGGGCUGGGACAACUGGCCCCUCUGGGUCCAAAGAGAAUCCUGGCCAGAGGUGUGCUUAAUUUAAAUUGGACGCUUGGACCAGGAGGGGGUGACUCUAGUCUUUUUCUGCCUCUGUGGCAGCCUCUGGAACAGCAGGGGAAGAGAAAGGAUGGGGAGAGAAAAGGGAGCCCAAGGAGGGCCCGAUCCAACAGGGCUGCCCAUAAUUCCAUCAACUCAAAGGCUUACGAGCAUCCAGUGAAGGGAGAGGGAAAUACUGGGAGAACUGGCUGCCGGCUCUUCCCACAGGUGAUUUUGGCUGUCUAGCUUGAGGGGCUUUGGGGGCAGAAGGAGGGGAGGCUGAUGCCCCACCAGCAUCCUGCCAGGACCGGUCUCCUGCCGGUACACCCCUUUAUCCCACCUCCGGGGUUAGACGUGAUGUCCUUGGAGAACCAGCUGAGGUGAGUGAGUGCAGGGGAAUCAGAGUGAAUCCCCAGCUUCCAUGUUGGGGCUCUUUCCUGACCUUGGAUCUUGGGAUCCAACGAUUCCCCGGAUGCUGCUCAGGAGCCGUGGAGUUGCCCACUUCGUGGCCCCUCCGAGUGGCUAACUGAGCCUUAUGAAGGCCUGCUGUUUAUACCAACUUGAUAGCCAGACUUGGCAAAGAGAUACCUGCUCAGGGCUAAUAGGGUUGGACAUUGGAGCGAGCCAGAAAAAAACAUAGUCCCAGACCUACAAUGUGAACUUCUGUCCCCCUGUCACUCUUCCUGUCCCCUUUCCUGUUUCUUAUUUCUUUAGUCCUCACUGAUACAAUAUGCAAAUGCAUUAUUUCUCAGAAUCAAGAUGCACUUUCAGAUACUUUUUAUUGUUAUUGUUAUUGUUGUUUUUGUUGUUAUUGCUUGUUUUAAAACCAUUAAAAGUCUGUAUUUGCUUUGGAGGAAUGAUAUUAAAAAACAAACAGCUA